UUAAUCAAAAUUUCGUUUUAUUUAAAUGUCAAUAGUACUAAAUGUAGCAUUAGUAAAUCCAGAAGGAAUUAAAAAUUAGGAAUAUAUUAAGUAACUGGGCCAUUUUAGAAUGAGCUACGUCCACAAAGGUCCUAGACUCUUCCAAGACCGAGGUGAUAUUAAACCUGAAAGAAGGAGGUCAGAAUCACGACUUAAAACGUACCCGUCUUCCCUCGAUCUGCGCAACUGGUGUUACGUAGUCGAAGAUAGAAGAAAACACAUAAUAGAAUUAAUAGCCAAAGAUAUUGAAAAAUGUACUGGAAGAGUUGUUCCCAUAAAGUCGAUUAUCGAUGCUUUGAUGGCGUCCAAAAAUGCCGAUAUUGCGCACUUGAAGAACUCGUUGCAACAACUUUGGGAAUUUAUCAAUGACUUGCAAUUAUCGGAUAAAGAUUUGAUGAGAAUGGAUCGCAUGAAACGCGCCAUGAGAGGUAUAUACCUGGAUGAUGCACCAUUGUUAGAAUUAAAUUCCGAUGAGUGUAUCGCAAAGCGACGUCACGAUAGAGAGCGGACUGAAAUUGAGGCUCUAAUUAAAACUUCCUCGGGGGAAGAAUCUUUGGGCCGAGUUCGAACCAAAUUUAACGGUCCUGCGAAAUUAGUUACAAGAAUUAAAGGUGUCGAUACCGGUUUUAGCAUCGGACCGGUGGUUGAUUUGUCCAAACCGGGGCAGAUAACGGUGAAAGCUCACGCCCCGACGAAACUCGGCACCAAAAUAAAAAAAGUGCAGCCCCUUAAAAAAGAAAAGCCGCGGGAACUUUCGAAGGCGAGCGAAGUGCUCGUCAAUCGGGAUCCGCUGCCCAAAAGAGAGGCAGCAAGUUCCCCGAUCAGGGAGAGGAAAUUAGGGGAAGUUAAGGACGAAGUGAUAAAUGGGGCCAUACGCGAUCGGCUGACUGCGGCAGAGAUGCUUUGCGAAAGACAGAACGCGGCAAUUGACAAACUCGAAAAAGAACGCGACACCUUAGAAAGAAAAUUAAAGGAAUGUCUCAAAGAACUUGGGACUUUUAAGAAACUAGAACCAAUGUCACUUCUCUCCGAGUCAUACCAAGACGAAAAUAAAAUGUCAACCUUAUUAGACCUCCAAGAUAAAUUACACGAUCUAGAAAGAGUUACACAAGAAAGAGACGAUCUGAAAAAUAAAGUGUGUCUGCUAGAACAGAAACUGAUGCAAUAUCAGAAUCUGCCUGAUGAGUUGGGUACCAUAAGGAGCAGCACCGAAAUGUUAGAUAGCGUCAUGAAAGAACGCGACAAACUGAGUCAAAAAAUCAAACAAUUAAAGGACAUGGAGAAGGAGGUGUUAAAACUUAGAAAAAAAGCGGACCGCGUGGACGAGUUGGAACGCGAAUUGAGAUCGCACAGUAAGUUGGAGAAAAGCUCUGGUACAGAAUUGAAAAAAUCCCAAUCGAUGUAUGAGAACCUGGAAAGAGAACUCAAAAACACCAAAUCUGAGCGCGACGCCAUGGCGAAACGGAUAGAGAACCUUAAAAAAGAAGUCGAUAGUAACAAAUCGAAAAUCAGGGAAGCUGAGAUGUUACGUCUAGAAAGAGAUGGUUUGCAGAUUAAAUUAAAUGAGCUAAAUGAAAUUCAGGCCCAAUUCGAAGUUGUCAUGGAAAAACUCAAAACAUUCGACACAAUCAAGGACGAGCGAGACAUGUACAAGCAAAAAUACGAGGAAAUUCUGGAGAUGGAAUGUAGGUGCGAAAUGUUACAGUCCCAAGUCGACGAAGCACAUUUCAUGAUCAGAGAGAGGGACCACCUGAAGAAACAAGUCCACGAUCUUGAAACGUGCAUUUGCGAACAAGAGAACGAAAUCAAACGAUUAAUUUCCCAAAUGGAUUCCAAUAACAUUGUCACCUCCUUUAAAGAAGAAUUGACAUCUAAAACCCAAAUACUAUCGAACUUAGAAAAAAAACUUGAUUUGCAAAGAGUUCGUAUAGAAGAACUAGAGAUACUCUUGCACAAAGCGGAACACGCACUUAGUCAAAAAGAUUGUCACAUCAAAUGUCUAGAAAAUCAGUUAAAUGAUCGAGAAUAUUGCAUAAACAGGAGCAAGAAGUUAAACCAAAAGGAAUUCGAGUCGGUGGAACUGAUGAGGCGCGAACUGGACGCGGCCAAAGCAGAAAAUAAAAAGCUACAAGAUAUUGCGAACAAAAUGAUCUCGUUGACGGGAGACGGACACGUUAAGAAAAUGCUGAAACAAUCGGAGUGCGCUAUCAAACGGGUGGUUCAGGAAUUGGGCAAACAGUACCGCGAAUGGGACAGCAAAAAUAAAAAAAAUGGAGACGCGGAAGAUUGUACGUGCCCGACCGAGGAACUGUCAGGAAGCGACGAUUGCGAAAAAUUGAGGAAAGACUUGGAAGAGUUACAGAACGAAAAACAAAAUCUGGAACAUACUUUGAAACAUUUAAAAAAAGACGGGUUGCCGCCGGAACGGCACAGAAAUUUUGUACAAGACGGGCCUCAAAUUGUUGGUCAACAAAAGAAGGAAACUUCUGUUAAAAAAUAUAAAUAUUCCAGAAAGGAUAUUGAAUUAGACAUGGAGAGGGUUAAGCCGUAUCAUAAGAAAAAAAUACGGAAAAAACCGAGAACUACAAAAAGAACAAAACCGUAUCCUGAAGAAGAGGAUACAACGCCUAAAAAAAUGAAAGUCAGGCCAGAUCUCGGCAAAAAGCAGAUCGAACCAAAAGAAGAAUAUAAAUUAAGAAGGGUAGAGGUCGGGAAAGAGUUAUCAGCAAGACGAGCACAAAUCGAUAGAGAAAAAAGGUCACCGAAAUUAGAUGACAGUAAAUUUCGAGAGGAACGUUUAGAAAUGCCAAGAAAAAUAAUUAAAGAAACUCCAGAAAAGUACAAACCCAAAAAGGAGAGGAGACCAAGAUACGAAAAAUAUCCGGUGGACCAACCCGUUACAAAAAUUCCUAAAGCUGAGAUUCCAGAGGAAGGACUGGAAAGCGACCAAGUUAUUCCGACAAGAGGAGAAAUAGAAAUAGAUAAAGUACCUGUUGUUCCAAAAGCAGAAGAAAAAAUUCAAACAGACGAGGACGAGAAAAUAGUUAAGGAUGAAAAACUGCCGAAAAAGAAAAUACUUGCGGAACGAAAAGAAGCGAAUAAAGAAAUUCCAAAAAUAGAAGAGGAGGAACUGCGAAAAGAAAAAGAACGAAGAGGUAGAGGUAGGAGAGUUGUUCCUGAAUCCAAGAAACCGCCUGGAAUUUUAGCUGCGAAAGAAAAAAAGGAGUACCCUAAAAAAGAAACAAAGCCUUUUUUAGUAGAAGAAAAGAGGUUAGGUGUUACUCCUGAACUAGAUAAGGAGAAACCUGAAAAAUCAAUGGACUAUACUAUACCCAAGGAACGUAGAAUUGAAGUUGACCUCCAGAAAAAGGAAACUGGAAAACGAAAAGGAAAGAAGAAAAUGCAAGAAGCAACUGAUGAAAGACUGAUAAUCGAGGAAUUCGAAGAAGUGAAAGAUAAAGAUAUAGACCCUCAGAAAAAAUAUGAAGAUAUACCAACAAAGGAAACGAAAGAACAAAAAAUAGUUCUCGAAGACAGACGAAAAAAAAAAGCGAAGGCACCCGAUGAAAUAGAUACUAGGAAGGAUGAAGACAUAAGAUCAAAAGAAUUGAAGCAACCAAAAAUUGAUCUUGAAGAUCAACGGGAAAAGGAGCAGAUGGAAAAGGUCCCAAGAAAAGCAUUACCUACCGAAAUAGCUAAAAUAGAAACUCAACGGAAAUUGGUAUCACCGGAAGAAAUUUACGCUCCUAAAGAUGAGGAUAUACCAGCAAAGGAAUUGAAGGCACCAGGAAUAGACACCGAAGACAAACGAAAGAAGCUGAAAAAGAUAGCAAGAAAAGAAAUACCUACCGAAAUAGCAAGAAUAGAAACACAAAGGGACUUGGUGCCACCUGAAGAUGCACAGGAGGAUGAAGAUAUUGAAAGUGAAUUGAAAAAACCAAUUAUAGACGAGAAAGGCAAACGGAAAAAGAUCAAAAAAAUUCCAAGAAAAGAAGUACCUAGCGAAAUAGUAAAAUUGGAAUCUCAAGAAGACCUGGUCAUAACGGAAGUUCGAAAGGAUGAGGAUAUUCCAGGAACGGAAUUGAAAGACAUAAUAAUAGACCAUGAAGACAAACUGGAAAUUGCGGAAAAAAUUCCAAAAAUGGAAAUACCUAGCGCAAUAGCUAAAUUAGAAACUCAAAGGGACCUGGUUUUAACGGAAGAUGUAGAUGUUCGUGAAGAUGAGGAUAUACCAGUAAAGGAACCCAAAGAUCUCGCAGAAAAGCGAAAAAAAGAGAAAAAAGCUCCAAAAAAGGACAUGCCUACCAAAAUAGCUAAAAAAGUUCAAAAGGAUGAGGAUAUUCCUACAAAGGAAUUGAAAGACAUAAUAAUUGACAGCGCAGGCAAACCGAAAAAGGUGAAAGAAGUUCCAAGAAAGGAAAUGCCUAGCGCCAUAGCUAAAUUAGAAACUGAAAGUGACCUGGUACUACCGGAAGAUAUAGAUGUUCGCGAAGAUAUACCAGCAGAGGAAUUACGGGAACCAAAAACAGAUCUUGUAGAAAAACGAAAAAAGGAGAAAAAACCUCCAAGAAAGGAUGUGCCUAGCGAUAUAGCUAAAUUAGAAACUCUAAGAGAUCUGGUGGUACCGCAAGAUAUAGAUGCUCGUGAGAAUGAGGACUUACCAGCAAAGGAAUUAAAAGAACCAGAAAUACAUGUCACCGAAAAACUAAAAAAAGAGAAAAAAACUCCAAGAAUGAAAAUGCCUAGCGAAAUAGCUAAAUUAGAAACUUCAAAAGACCUAGUGGUACCGGAAGAUACAGAUGCUCGUGAAGAGGAUAUUUCAGAAAAAGAAUUAAGGGUACCAAAAAUAGACAUAGCAGAAGCAAAAAAAUUGAAAAAAGCUCCAAGAAAGGAAAUACCUAGCGAAAUAGUUGAAUUAGAAACUUCAAAAGACCCGGUGGUACAGGAAGAUACAGAUGCUCGUGAAGACGAUAUAUCAGCAAAAGAAUUAGGAGUACCAAAAAUAGACAUCGCAGAAAAAUCAAAAAAAGUGAAAAAAACUCCAAGAAAGGAAAUACCUAGCGAAAUAGUUGAAUUAGAAAGUCCAGAGGAGUUAGUGCUACCGGAAGAUACGGAUGCUCGUGAAGAGGAUAUAUCAGCAAAAGAAUUAGGGUUACCAAAAACAGACAUCGCGGAAAAACCAAAAAAAGGGAAAAAAACCCCAAGAAAGGAAAUACCUAGCGAAAUAGUUGAAUUAGAAACUCCAAGGGAGUUGGUGUUACUGGAAGAUACGGAUCCUCAUGAAGAGGAUAUAUCACCAAAAGAAUUAGGGGUACCAAAAAUAGACAUAGCAGAAAAACCAAAAAAAGGGAAAAAAACUCCAAGAAAGGAAAUACCUAGCGAAAUAGUUGAAUUAGAAACUCCAAGGGAGUUCGUGCUACCGGAUGCUCGUGAAAAAGAUGUAUUAGCAAAAGAAUUAGGGGUACCAAAAAUAGACAUAGCAGAAAAACCAAAAAAAGGGAAAAAAGCCCCAAGAAUGGAAAUACCUAGCGAAAUAGUUGAAUUAGAAACUCCAAGGGAGUUGGUGCUACCGGAAGAUACGGAUGCUCGUGAAGAAGAUAUACGAGUAAAAGAAUUAAUGGCACCAAAAAUCGACAUUGCAGAAAAACCAAAAAAAAUAAAAAAAACUACAAGAAAGGAAAUACCUAGCGAAACAGCUGAAGUUAAAACUCCAAGGGAUCUGGUGCUACCAGAAGAUAUAGAUGCUCAUGAGGAUGAGGAUAUCCCAGCAAAAGAAUUAAAGGAACCAAAAACAGAUCUCACAGAAAAACGAAGAAAGGAAAAAAAAGCUCCAAGAAAGGAAAUUCCCAGCGAAAUAAUUAAAUUAGAAACCCAAAGGGUACUGGAAGAAAUACAUGCUGAUGAAGAAAUACCAACGAAGGAAGUAAAGGAUCAAAAAUUAGAUCUUGAAGAAAAACCUAAAAAAGAGAAAAGCGCGCCAAGAAAAGAAAUACCAACCGAAAUAGCAUUAGAAACGCAAAGAGACGUGGUGAUACCAGAAGAAAGAGAAGUUCAGAGACCCAAAAGAGAAGCACCAGAUAAAAUUAAAGAAAAAAUUGCAAAGGAAAAAGAACGAAGAGGAAGGGGCAGAAGGAUAGCAGUUGAGGAAACUAAGAAACCGCCUGGUGUCGUGGAGGUGGAAUCUCAAAUAUUGCGAAAAGAAGUAAUGAAACCUUCGGAGAUAGUGCCCGGUAUUGAUGCCAAGGAGCCAAUGACAACAGAUCAAGUCCCAGGGAAACCCAAGGAACUGAAACCUAAAAUACAAGAACGGGCGGUAAUAGCUAAAAAAGAAAAAUAUCCCCAAAUUGAAGAAGAAAGGGCAGGUGAAGAAAAACUUGUUCAAGAUCGGCCACAUGUACCUGAGACGGAUGAAGAAUAUGUAGAACAUGUAUUGGGAGAACGGGAAGAUGUUGAAAAAAUCGACACUAAACGAAUACCAAAAGAAGUUAAGAAACUCGAAGUUCCGGGGGAUGAAAUGGUUAAAAGUGCAGACGCAGUUGAGGAGAAAGACGAUGAACGGGAUGAAGACGCGACAAAACCCAGUAUACCUGAAGAUCAAUUAAGCAAAAUAGAGCGUUAUGCGAUGGAGAAAGCUGAAGAGGAGCCCAAAGAUAUUAGACGAGAAGACGAUACAUUUGAAAAAAUCUCUAAAGUCAGAAAACCGGAAAUAGUUAAAAUAGAAGAAGAAACAAAAGUUAUACAAAAGGAUAUGGAGGACAAGGAAAAGGAUGAUUCUUUCAAAAAAGAAAUCACGAAAAAAAUUCCUACACGAGAGCAGUUAAUAAGAGACGAUAGAGUUAUACCCAUAGUCAAGGACGAAGAGGAAUUUAGGCGACUUGUAGAUAAAUUGCCAGUGCCACUUAAAAAAGAAAUUGAGAAACACAUUGAUCCAGAAUUAAUAACAAAAGAAGAGGAGGUAACACCAAUUGAAUUAACGCCAAUUAAAAAAAAAACAACAGUUGGCGAGGAUGCGAAACUAAGAAUAGAAGACAUCCCUGCGGAACCAAAACAGAUUAUUGAAAAGCGAAAGGAAAAAAAAUCUAAAGCUGCCCCAGAUAAGCAAGACGCAAAAUUGGAGGUAGCAGAUGACGAGCCACAAGUGAAAGAGUUGAUUGCAGCAAAAACAGUUCCUAUUACCGAUAAACAGCUAGAACCAACACUAGAGAAAACAGAAAUUAGCGAAACGAGGAAAAUUGACGAAGAGGAAUCAGAUAAAGAAAUUCUACAGUAUAAAGAAGUUGGUAUUCAAGAUACAGUCACAGACAAAGUGAAGUACGAACAAGAAAAAAGAGUUGUGGAAAAGCCCGCAAUGGAAGCUAAGUGGAAGAAAAUGCCACCUGCAGCAGUCGAAUUUGAAAAAAUUGCGGAACAAAUGGAAGUAGCGGAAAGCGAAGAAGUUUAUUUUGAUGAUCAAGAAGAUUUAAAAAAAAUUGAAGAUUUGGAGGUAAAAGCAGAAAAGAAAGCUGUCAAAAAGCACCUCAGAAAAAUUGAUGUGGUGGAGGAAGUAAAAGUUCAAGUUGCUGAGGACAAAGAAGAAAAAAGGAAAAUAUCUGUUAGACUAGUAGACAAAAUCGAGGCAGAUGAGAGUCCAAAGAUUGUUGUCCUGAACCAAGAGAAAGUAUCAGUUUUUCCAGUCCCUUCGGAGAAACCAGAAAAAGUAGAAAUUGUGGAUGAAAUCCCCAAAGAUAAAAUUCUACAAAAAAUUGAACUAGCCGAAGUGAAUGAAAAAGUGCAAGAAACUAUCCCUGCUGUAGACGAAAAAGCUCUUUUAGCAAAAUUGAAAGACAGAUUCAAGACGGUAGAAGAACAAAUUGAACGGGAACCGGCUGUCAAAUCAGAAGAAGAAAUACAAAUUGACGUGAAAGAAGUAGAGCUCGUCGUCGAAGAUAAACUCCAAAUAAUAGAGGAGAAAGGAGUAGUGCCUAAGAGUCCCGUGGAAUUUGAAUUAGUAGAAAAGGUAAAAAAAGAAAAGAUUGAAAUUGAUAAGGUUGAACUAGAUGAAGAGAAGAAAGAGUCUAUUAUACUGCGUGAACUGAUUCCAAAAAUUAUGGCACAUGAGAGAGAACAAAUUAUUGAAUUAGGACCAGAAAUACAAUUUGCAGAAGAAAAAUUGGAGGAAGCAGAGUUAGAAAUUCCUCAGUUAUUUUUUGAACCCCAGUUAAUUGAUUUGGAAGGAACAGACGGACGCAAAAUCCCGACACUUUUAGAAAAGAAAUUUUCCGAAGAGCACUAUGAAGAAGUUGAUUUUCCAGAAUUAGAGGUAACUGAAAUGCCUCCAAAGGAAUUAGAAUUGAUACCGGUAGACGAUAAGUUAUCACCCAAAGAAUUAUGGGCGGCAGCUGAAAUAGAGAAGGAAAUAUUAGAAGACGACGAGUAUAUCGCUGUGGAGUCAUUAACAGAGUUGGAUGUGGAAUUUGAAAUAGACGAAAGAUUCAAAAAAAUUGACUUGGAAGAUGUCAAGCCAGUACCAAGCUUGGUUAUACCGCCACCUUGCACUUCCACUUGCGCUCGCGAUUUGGUCCCAAUUGCAUUGGAAGAUUUACCUACUUGUGUAGCGAUAUGUGCUCAAACUUCAAUUAAAGAGUUCUUUCUACAACCACAGAAUCUGCGUGAAAUUGAAACCGAUGAUCCUGUAGACGUGUCAGUUAAAACCCAAUUCGUUGCGUUGGAACCACGUAUAGCUCAAAUCACAGAUCGCAAAAUUCAAAAAUCAACCGAAACUGUAUCAGCUAAGCGUUGCCAAGCUACAUGCAGUAUAGUUUCACCUAUAGCUCCUAGAGGGAAACAGAAAGAUGAAAAACCUGUUCCUUGUACAGCAAUAUGUUCAAAUCUAUCACAAGUCACAGUUCGUCGUUACCCUUCGGAUGUCAAUAUCAAGGCGGAUGAUGUACCAGUUUCUACGUGCCGAGCUGAAAAUAAGUGCUUAGCGUUAAGUAGAAUUAAAGAAAGACGUGGACUGUUUGCAGAAGAAACCGGUGGGAUAGUAUUGGGUGCAGUUAAUUUGGCUUCUGAUGCGGUACCACCAGGAUAUUUUUUGCCAGAAGAGAUAAGUCCCAGAAAGUCUUUACCGGAAUGGGCGAACGUUCCGGUCAAUAAGCUAGAGACCAUGGAUAUAGACCUCUCUUUAUCGUGCGAAGAAAACGACUACGCAAUUCCAGAAGAUGUGACAACACAGAAUGUUACAAGAAUUUCCUCUCGACAAGCUUUGGGGUUAGGUUUGGUAACCAUACCAACGAAUCUUGGUUCUUCGGGAAACUUACCAGAAGUCUUGUUCAAAAUAAGAGUUCCCAGUAGAGGACAGUGCAGGGCGCACUGUGCCAUCAUUAAACUAGCAGAACAAGAAGUGGAAACCGACGAAGAUGUUAGUGAUUUACAUACAGAUUCGGAAGUAAUCGAAAAAUUUGUAUCCGUAUUUGAACAGACCACUGAUUAUUACUCGGCUAAUGAAGAUACAGAUAAUCUCACUAAUUACGAGCCUGUUGGCCAAGUUGCGCCUGAAUCGGAAGAGCAAUAUUUGGACCUCCAAGAAAUAGCCGAGAAAAAAUCGUAUCACACACAAACAGAUACUAUUAGUCUUGAAUUUCGGGAACAACAUUUACAAGAUGACAUAAUUGUUAGUGAUUAUCCAGCAAUAGCUCAAAGGUUUGAAGCAGCAAGUACAACAAAUGAUCACCUCACCACAACAACCUCCACCGACACAUUUUACAGUCUCACACAAUCACUCACUCUUUCAAGUAAUGAUGGGCUAAUUUUGUAUGAGACAAUGUCUGAUAGGAUUGCUAAUAAAGCCGUCCAAACUAAACUAUCUGGAAGGUCUGUAGUUGAGCAAACUGAUUCAGAGGCGCUUUUAAGGGCACCGCCAGCUAGUGAACUUGACGGCACCUAUUUGAAUAGCCAAAUAGAAAGGGUUUCCCCACAAGAAAUAUAUUUAGAAGUUUUCGAGACCGAAGAAAAUGUAACAGACCAGCAUGGACAAAUUGAGGUCAAAGAAGCAUAUGGCGCUGAACAACGCAAAAUCGCAUCCAGUGCGCUGGAGCAAUUGGAAAAUAUAAAGCAUAUAGUCGAGGAAAGGGACGAUCUUCGUAAAAAAUUGCAAAAUUCUCAGUACGAGUUAAAUGAACUUAAGAAAAACUUCGCUUUACAUUCCGUCUCAUACGAGGACUCCGAAGAAAAAGACGAUGAAGAAAGCGAAAUAAUGGUCCAUUUCAUUAAGGAUGACACCAAAAGUACCGACGUGACCGAUGACGAAAUUCACCACUUAGAGGAACAAAUAAAGAACAUGAGAAGUUCGUCUCUCGCUCCACAUGAAGAAGCUCAAGCUAUCCGCAAGGAAGUGGAGGUACUGAAAAAAUAUUGUUCUAAAAUGUCGUCCAUUCAGGAAGAGAAUGUAGCGUUAAAAAAAUCUAACAAAGAAUUAGAGGAACGACUGCAAAAAACUGACCAAAAUGAAAGAGACGGUGAAAGUAUUGAAAAGUUGAAAGAAAAGCUAUCAGCUCUUAAUGAAACCACCGCAGAAAGAGACAAAUUAAGAAAAAAAGUAGAGCAAUGUGAGAGACAGCUAAUGGCAUACAACUAUUUGCCAGACGAUGUGGAGGUGUUCAAGGAAAGGUCGCUUUUAUUAGUUGAUGUAAUUCAAGACAGAGAUCGUCUUGCAAAACGAGUAGAACAGUUGAGAGGGACUGAAGAAGAACUUUUGGUAUUGAGAUCCAAAGCGAGCAGAGUAGACGAACUGGAAAGACAGUUGCGAUUGACUACGAGGGAGUUGCAAUUGACGGAGGACGAAUUAGAUAAUAUGAGAAAUAAAUGUACAUUUGCGGAAAUUGAGGUGAUGAACCAAAAAUGCGAAACUGACACGCUGAAAUCAAAAAUGGUCUGCAUGGAACAAGAGGUAGAAACGCUACGCUCCAUAUGCAAGGACCAGGAAAUAUUGCAACUUGAGAAGGAACGACUACAGAACAGCUUGGAUGAGUUAGUUCGCAUGCAAGAUGAUUACGAACACAUGCGCGUACAAAUAAAAGCCAUGGACGUGUUAAGGACCGAACGAGACAGGUACAAGAAAAAGUAUGAAGAACUUUCCGGUUUGGAGUGCGAGUGCGAUAUUUUAAGGGCGCAAGUAGAGAGGGCUAGAGGAAUCGAAUCUGAACGCGAUGCUUUGGAAAACCAAAUAGAAGAUUUGGAAAAAAGCAUUGCAGAACAAGAAGAAGAAAUACGAAGACUUGUUAGUCAUAUCGAUGGGUUAGCUCAAUCCAAGGAAGAUCACAAAGCAAAAAUGAGAAAAGAGAUAUCAGCUUUACGAGCUAAGCUAAAACGGAAAGAAACGUCUGACGAGAAUUUAGUCAAUACUCAAAUGGAACUUGAGAAUUCGUUUAAAACUGUGAAUGAUGAUUUGAGUCAACAAAAUCGAAAUCUACAAGAACAAAUUAAUGAUCUGUCGAACAAUCUAAGGGCUGUUGCUGCAGAAAAAGAAUUCCUAAGCAAUAAAGUGAACGAAACACAACGUAUAAUCGAAGUCAUGCAAAACAUGAUGAGCAAUCGGCCAUUUAUCGAUAAAGCUAUUGAAACCAACUCCAGUGUCGAGACGAAAGGGAAACAAACACAGGCGGAAUUGAAUUAUAUCGAAAAAUCGUUAAAAACUAACAUAGAUAAUCAUUUAAAACAGAUGCUGGAAGAAUCAAAAAGUGCAAUUGAAAGGAUUUCUGUCGAAUUGGGAAAGCAAUACGUUGCAGACCAAAAAAAGCUUUACAGAUGUUGUCCCAACUGUACAUGUAAAAAACGAAAUCUGCAACCGGAAAUUAAGGAAAAGAUCGUCGUCAAGUGUUGCGCAAAUUGCAACUGUAAACGCAAGUUGCGAACCAAAGAAUACACACAUAUAUAUCAACAGACGGACAAUGUGCCACUAACGGUUUCGACUUGCAGUUGCCUAAGGCGAACAGCUCAGCAAGAGAGUAUUAGAACCCAUAAGAAACAAAAAAUGACUGGUGUUGAUGAAGAUGACGAAGAACUCAUGUAUACCGCAAGGUCCGAAGAACCUCCAACACAUUUUUCAAAAAUCGACCACCUCGAGCAAGAGCUGCUACGAGCGAAUGACACAAUUAUGGAACUACAAGAAAAGGCGUUGCAAGCCGAAAAACUGGCAGUCGAGAAUGCGGCAUUAAAGAGACACUCCGCUGAAAUUCAAGACAUUUCCAAGGCCCAGAUCGAGGACUUGGUACAGCAUUUGAAAAAGGCUAAAGAAAAUAUUGUGGAAUUAGAAACCAAGAGUUGUAGAUUGAAAUUUGACCUCAGCGCUUGUUUACGAGAGAAAGAUCAGUUGCAGGAAGCGUUAAAAGGGAAAAUGGGUACUUCAGAUCGCGAGUUGGCAGCUGCACCUGAUCUUGAUAUAAUUGCCAGGUUAAAGGUAGACUUGGAAAACUGUUUAAGCGAAAAAUCAGUUCUAUUAAAAACAAUCGAAGACCUGAAAAUGGAGGUCUUAAAAGGAAAACCCGAUUCAGAUGUGUUCGUUCAGUUGCAAUGUGAUCUCGAGAACUGCUUAAACGAGAAGAAGAAGUUAAUAAAGACAAUCGAAGAGCUUCAGUUAAAACUCCGCCAUGGAGAAAAAUAUGUGGCGGAUUUUGUUGAGCUUGAGAAAAUAGAACUAGAUCUGAAGAAUUGCAUUGAAGCAAAAAAACAGCUGGAACGCGACCUAGGGGAAUGUCUCAACCAGAAUGAAAAAAUGAAAGCCACUAUUGAGAACUAUCAAAAACAAAUUUCGACUAGAACAACGUUGGAUGACGAAUUGUUAAAAUUAAAGGAAACAUUAGAGGAAACAUUCAGGGAACGGGAUGAAUUAUUAGAAAAACUGGAUCUGUGUUUAAGUGAAAAAAAAAGCCUUACAGAUUCGUUUAACGAGAUGAAACGCGCAGUAGACUCUGGAAAAAUAAAAGAACUGCCUGACAUAACUGAAUUUGCACUGCUUAAAGCCAAUUUUGAAAAGUGUAUCCAGGAAAAAGAUAAAUUGUUAAUAAAAAUUGAAGCUCUGCAAACUACAGUUAAAGAGGCUAAUGAAAAGUUGAAUGAAAAUGCUAUGAUAACAAACAAUUUGGAAAAUGAAAAUGAAAAGUUACAGAACCUUGUAGAACAACUACAGCAUCAAAUUGAUCGAAAAGGGGAGCAAGCGUUUAUUGAUGAUUUAGAAAAAGAACUAGCAAACUGUUUGCGUGAAAAUCAGUAUCUCAAAAAUGUAAUUGGAGAACUAGAAAAGCAGAUUGCUUCUGAAGAGAAAGAGGGGCUUCUAACGGAUAAACUGAAACACGACUUACAAUCAAGCUUCAACGAAAGAAAUGCACUUUUGCAAAAAAAUUCUGAGUUAGAAGAAAUGUUAGACAAUUUCAGGACAGAACUGGACUUAUGCUCGACUCAAAAACAAAGUCUUCUGCAAAGCAUAGACGAAUUAAAAGCAACUCUUCAGUCGGAAGAUAUUCCCGACCUUACAGAAUUUGUAUUAUUAAAAGCCAAUCUCGACAAGAGCUUAAAAGAAAAAAGUAAUUUAACUAUUAAAAUUGGCAAAUUGCAGGAAGAAUUAGACAACACUAAGUCGCAAUUAGAAAUCUGCUUGAAUGAUAAAAGUGCAUUAAUGAAGAUCAUAGAUGACUUGGGGCAUGACAAUGUUAAAGCAUUUGCUGAAUUAGAAGCAAAUUUGGCCAAAUCUUUGGCGGAGAAGGAUUUAUUGACACAUGAAAUUCAGGAACUUGAGAAAAAAGUGAAAAGCGAUGAGCUUGGAAGAUGCAAAAUAGAUCUUGAGAAAUGUUCAAAAGAAAAUGAAACCCUUUUGAAAACGAUUGAUGAACUACAGUGGAGCAUCCGGUCGGAAAAGGCAGACGAUUUGCCUGGUUUGGCGGAGUUUAUUCAACAAAAAAAUAAAUUGGAAAGCGCAGUUGCAGAAAAUGAACAGCUGAAAAGUAAAAUGCAGAAUCUAUCCAAAACGGUGAACCAACUGUCUGCAGAAAAUGAUAAAUUAAAAUUGGAGCUUCAAACACUGGCAGUUACAAAUGAGCAACUCAAAAAUGAAAACCGAAGCUUAAAAAAUGCUCUAGACCAACAAGCCAUAGAAAAAGAACAAUUUGCAUCAGAGGUGAAGGCUCUUGUCACCGAAUUAAAACUGAUGAAAGAACAAAAACAAUUAGAAUCAAAAUUAAAAACCGACGAAAUUGAGAAGCUAAAGAAAGAGAAGGAUGAUUUGGAUAAAAUGCUGUCUAGUAACGUAAUGACGACGUCGCGCAGAGCUUUAAGUUUAGAAGAGCAACUGGACGGUCUCUCUAAAGAAAAUAAAGAACUUACUAAAGAAAUGGAGAGGUUAUUGGGUGUAAAUCGAACACUGGAAACAAGAAAUCAAGAUAUACUCUCGAAACUGCCAAAUCUCGAGUCAGCAAAUGAUAAAUUGAAAACAGAUUUAGCAAAAGUUAAACAAGAAAACCAAAAAUUGGCUAAGGACGUUGAGAGAAUGAAGAAGUUCGAAACUGAUGCUGGAAUUUUAGAAGAACUAAAAAAAGAAAAUGAGAGUCAGAAAGAUGAAAUAAGAAAUCUAUUGGAAAAACUAAAGCAACCACCUAUAACAGAAAAAAUAAGUAAAACAGCACUCGACCAGCAGCUCAAAGAAAAUGAAACUUUAAAAGCCAUCGUAGAUGACUUGCAAAACCAACUGAAACAUAUAACCAAGGAAAAGGCAGAGGCCAUUGGUCCAGGACAAGUAGAAGGGACAUUUUCAGCGCUGGCUGAUAAACUGGAAGAAAUGGAAAGGCGUGCUGAACUUGCAGAAGAAUCCCUAAGGAAGUUAAAGGCUAGCGAUCCGUCGGCCAUGCUAAAAUCAGAAUUGUCAAAGCUGCAAAAUGAGAUCGAACAAUUGAAAAAGGAGAAUAAUGCUCUGAAAAAGAUGAACGAAGAGACCGAGAAAACCAAAUCUACACUGAAAAGGGACCUUGAUAAUGCGUUAACUGAGAUAAAAAGGUUCGAAGAUGAAAAUGCUAAUCUAACGAAAGUUAAUGAAAAUUUACAGAAAGAAUUGCGAAAGUUUGCACAAGGGGUUCAUCCCGAAACUCUGAAGGCAGAAAAUGAAAGUCUUAAGGAAAAAUUGUUGAAUUUGGAAGACGAAAUAAACAACCUGCAAGUGACAAUUAGUAAGGCGCAUAAAGAAACUAGGGCUUGUGCCGAGACGAUGGGGCAGGUUCAAUCUGAAAAUGCCGAUUUAAAGAAAGCACUGGUCCAAACCCAAGUUGAAAAUGCCAAAAUACAAAAAGAAUUGACAACGGCAUUGGCAAACGCGAAAAAGUCGCGUGAGAAGUUGACCGCAACUGAAACGGAAAAUUCCAAAUUGAAACAGAAAGUAGUGGAUCUUGAGGAUCAAGCUACUCAAUUGAGGCGAGAACUAAACAAAAUUUUGGAGGAUGCCAAAAAAAGUGCUGACACUGUUUCCGAUUUGCAGAAGGAAAUAGUGAGUUUAAAACAGACUGUUGCAAAAUUAGAAGCAGAGAAGGUAAAAUUAGAACAUAGAGAAAAAGAAUCAGCAAAAGAAGUAAGUAAAUUAAAGCAGGCGGAAGAAUCGGCUGCGCAGCAUCGGAAUGAAAAUACCAAAUUGAAGAAACAGAUCGAUGAAUUGCAGAAAGAUAUCGAAGAUAUGAAAAGAAAAUUAGAACAAGAAAUAUCGGUAUCUAAGAAUAAAACUACCGAAAUAUCUAAUCUGCAAAACCAGAUAUCGCUUUUGAGGAAGAAGGUGUCAGAGUUGGAAAGCGAAAUUACGUAUCUACGGGAACAACUUGUGACAAGUGAUUUGAAAUCUGAAUAUGACAAACUUAAGAAGGUGCUUGGCGAUGCAGAAAAUCAAAAUGACAAAUUAAGGCACGACUUAGAGAAAGCCACAGGCGAUGCCAAAAAAUUUAAACAAGAUUUGAACGAAAGCAGACAAACAGAAAAAAAAUGCAAAGAAAAGUUAGCACAACUCGAAAACGAUAACAAAACAUUAAGGGAUAACAUAAACGAGAGUUUGGACAAUUUGAAAAAAAUUGAAUCCGCUAAGUUGGAAAUUGUAACCGAAAACUCAAAACUAAAAAAUGACUACGUUAUGUUGGAACAGGAGAACAAGAAACUGCGGAAAAAUCUCGACGCUGCUUUUGCAGAUCAAAAUAAGGCGACCUCGCAGGCUAAUGAAUUAAAGGAGCAAUAUGUGUUGGUUAGACAACGGACUUCACUACUCGAAGUCGAAAACGCAACAUUAAAAAACGAAUUGGACUCGAUUUUGAAUCAGCUAAAGGCAAGCAAAGAAGAAAAUACACACGCCAUAGAAGAAAAUAAAAAGGCGAAAGACAAAAUUAAUCGGUUGGAAAAAGAGAACGCGCAAGUCAAGAAGCUACUGAAAGAAACCCCCAAAGGGGCGAUACCACAGCCUGAUGAUGGUUUAACCUCUAAAUUGAUGUUGCUACAGGACAGUAAUCAAAAACUAAAACAAGAACUCGACGACGUGCGAAAUCAAAGCAAGGAAAAGGACAGAGAAUUGUCUAAAAUAAUAGGGGAGAACGCACAGUUAAAACAAAAACUAGAAGCCUCGAACGCAAAUCUGAAAAUAAACUUGGAUAAGGCUUCCGCAGAUCUCCAAAAAUUCACAGCCGAACGAAAAGAAAUGGAAAAGGAAUUAGCAAACAAACUAAAUGAAAUAAAAGUGGAAAAACAAGAGCUCGAGGCUAAAUUAGGGGAAUUACUCAAAAAAUAUGAAGCUGAUAGCGCACAAUCGAAAGCCGAAAAUGAAAGAUUAAAGGAGCGUCUCGCAAAGAUGCAGUCUGAAAAUGCUAAAUUAAAAAAAGAUUUAGAUUCGUCUUUGGCCGAUUUAAAGAAAAUCGCAGACAAUCUCUCUCGUGUUACUGACGAACGAAAUAAAUUCAGUCAAGAAUUGUCUAAAGUUCAGGCGGAUAACCAAAAACUUCGUAAGGAUCUCGAGUCUGCGAAAAGGGAUGUCAAAAAGGAGGAAAUGGGCGCCGGAGAUCUUAAAGUCGCAAACGAGAAAUUGAGGCAGCACUUACUCCAGUUGGAACAGGAUAAUGAAAAACUUAAGUCGGACCUUAACGAAGCAUUAGACGCGCAAAAGAACGCUACGUCCGAUCUCACUAAAUUGCGCGAGGAUGAAAGCAAAACAAAGUACAAGCUGGCUAAACUAGAAACUGAUAAUUUAAGAUACAAAAAGAACCUGGACAAAGCUGUGCAAGAUGCGGAGACAUCCAACUCUAAAGCAAUACAACUAAACCAAGAAAACGCUGCCUUGAAACAACAGUUAACCAAGCUGGAAAACGACAUUUCGCAGUUACGAAAAGAUCUGGAAACCAGAUUGGAUGCCGAAAAGGCCAAGGCUCGAAGUUUGACAAACGCACAAGCUGACAACGACAAAUUGAGGCGAAAUGUAAGAGAGUUGGAAGCGCUAAAUCAACAGCUGAAGAAUGACUUGGACGCCGCUUUAAAAGCCGCGAGGUCCAGUUCAGAUAGCGUUGAUACUUUAAAAAAGGAAAACGACAACCAGCGGAAGAAAAUUGCUCGGUUGGAAGCAGAAAUUGCGAAAUUACAAAACGACUUGGAAAAAGCAAAUGCCGAGCCUGCGAGAAAGGUACCAGACGAGAAAGAACACCGCAAAGAAUUGGCUCGAUUAGAAGUCGAUAACGACAAAUUGAAGCAAGAGCUUUCCAGGGCGUUAGAUGAAACAAAACAAUUAGCCAAUCUUCGAGAAAACGUGGACAGACUGAAGCAGCAAGCUUCGCGAAAGGACGGGGAAGUGGAGAGCUUAAAAAAAGAAUUGGCGAUUUCUGCGGAUCAAGCAAAAAAGAUUUCGUCUGAAUUAAGUAAACUUAAGGAGGGCGAAGCAAAAAUGAAACAGAACCUCGCACAACUUCGCUCGGAAAACGUUAGAUUGAAAAAGGAAUUGGACGCCUCUUUAAACGAUAACAAAAUUAAAAACGAAGAAAUCGUUAGGCUGAAAAGCGAGAAUGAUAAACUGGAAGCAAAAGUGAGACAGUUGGAAAAGGAUGUGGAACAACUCAAGAAAAAACUGAUUGACGAACAAAAUAAGGCGAAGGGCGCGUCGAACGAAUUGUCGGAGCUAAAAGACAAAAAUAUCGAAUUUAGACAAAAAAUUAGCCAACUGGAGGGGGAUAAUCUCAAACUUAGAAGCGAAGCUGAACGGUUUCGAGGUGCGGACAAGGCAACGGAAAAGCUCGAAAGCGAGAACAGAAAACUUCGGCAAGAAAAAUCGAAGCUUCUGGCAGAUAUUAAUGAACUUACGAAGAAAUUGAUGGCAAUGGAAUCACUUGCUGCGGAAAACGAACAGCUGAAAAUGGAGAUUUCGCAAUUGAGACAAGAAAUCAACGGGUUGAAGAACGAAUUGACUAAAGUCCAAAGAGAAUUAAAAGAUGCAGCCAAGUCCAUGAAAAAAUUGGACCAAGAGAAUGGAAAAAUUAAAAACGAAAAUAACAGUAUGCAGAAGAAACUGGACGAAAUCAACAACCUUCUCAACGAUACUUUGCAACAACUCGAGAAGUUUAAAGAAACCGAUAUCGAACAAUACCUAGAACAAAUUAAAGAAAGCGAAAAAAAAAUAAAACAGCUGCAAACCCAAAUUUCUCAAGAAAAGAAGAACAGCAAAGAAGUCAUCGCUUCCCUUAAGGCCCAGUUCGACAAAGACAUAAAAAAUAUGAUGAAGAGUAAUGAAGAAGACCUCAACAGACUUCAAAAAAUUAAUGAAAAAUACGUAAAGGAGUUGGAAGAAAAGAACAUGGCCUUAAAUGACGCGCUCGCUAUCGCAACAAGGGAAAUGGAGUUGGUUAGAAAAGAGCGAGAUCGAUUAAAAAAUUUGCUGGAUGAGCAAAAGCGAAAAAGCCUCGAAAUUAAAGAUAAGGUGGGGGAAGUCGAACAAAUUCUCGCUAGAGAAAGGAGAAAAAGUAAAGAAAUGGAAAAGAAACAGAAGGAGCAAAAGGGCAAAGCAGACAUGUUGCAAGACGAAGUUGAAAAAAUACGACAAAGAUCGUUCGAUAUCUUGAAGGAAAGAGACAGUAUAGAAAAACAGUUGGUGGCUUUAAGGAGAGAAAAGGAAGAUCUGGAAAAGAUAAGAGCUGAAAAUAAGGAGAAAAAAAUUUUACCGGAACUUGCAGAUAGUAUUAUUCAUAAGGAUGGGGAAAUUAAACUAAAAAAAGAUAGGCUAACUAUGGCCACAUUUGAGACUGUGUCAUUAGCACCCGAUGUUAUUCCUAUAACAGCUCCUCUCUCGGAUACGGAAUUAAGAUAUUUCGGCAAAAAACCUUGCCCGUGUUCCGUAACAUUCGAAGAUGCUUUGAAAAAGGCUGCCAAAAAGGGACUUAAAUCGCUCUCGAUUGAAGAGCUUCAGCUGAUUCAUAACAAUAUAAGUGAAGUGGUUGCAACGAUUUUGGAGAAAUAUGGACAGAAAACCGGUGUUCUCAAAUCAAAUGAAGGGGAUAAACUGUCUUUGCUGAGGCGAAUAGCUGAACUUGAAGGCGAUUUAAUGAAGAAACAAAAACAAGCCCAACAGAAAAUUGCCGAAGUGCAGCACGCAGUCCGAAAUGAAAAAGAAAAGAUAACGAAACUUAGGAAGAAGUUAGCAUCGGAUAAAUCGAGAAAUGAUAUUGAGGAAUUAUCAGAAAUUCCUGAGAUGCUUACCAAGAGAGGAAAAAAUUUAGAGGAUUUGAAAAGUGAGCUGGAGAAGAAACUUAAUAACGAGUUGAUAAAUAAAAUGAAACUGGAGGAACAAUUAAAGGAAUACAAAACUACCGAAGUGCCCGUUAAGGAAGUAUUGCGUAAAUCACGAUCUCACCAAUGUACAGCUAGACGCUGAAAGGUAACACAACUAGGAUCGUAAAAUGGCGUGACGUGUCCAACAGUGAACGAAAAUUUCAAUGUUUGUCUGAAAUAAAUAUAACAGGU